AUGUUCGCCAAAGGCAAAGGCUCGGCGGUGCCCUCGGAUGGGCAGGCUCGGGAAAAGUAAGCGCCCAGGCACCGGAGGGGACUCCCGGGAGCAGCCGCGCAUGGUUUCCUCCGACAGGCGUUCUCGCCGUCCCUUCAUUGUCUUCGGGGAGCUCGGGCAUCUGGAGGGGACGGGCAUGGAGGCUGCGAUCCAGGGGUGGAAGCGGGGUGGUCGUGGCGGGGAAAGGAUCUCUCCCUACCGCGGUCCCGCCGCUUCGUGGUGGAAGGGAGAGCGGAGGGUGGCGGAUCGGAAAGCACGAUGGAAGAACGCAUGCACCGCGUCCUUUUGUCUGAAGUGUCUGUCCGUCUGUGCAAGUGGAAGGGGUGAAGGGCUUUGUCCAGGCGAUGAGCGAUGGGUAGGCUUCCCCUUGGCCCUCCCACUUCGCUUCUAGAGUUUGCAAGUUUGGGCAAAUCGGGGGGUUGGGUAGAAGAGGAUUUCGGGGUGGGGGGACCCUCUUAGACCCAGCUGGCCUUCCCCCAAAUCUGUCCAGGCACUAGUGGAGAAAGACCUCAAACCCCCCUCCCCACACCUCGCUUUGGGUUCCUGGAAGCUUUAAUGAAUGGCUGGGGGAUGCUGCUGGCUGCCUUGCAAAUGGGGCAUGUGCCUGCAGAAGUUGCAUUUUGUUUCCUGCCCUGAGCUAGUAUCAACUUAUCUCUGAGGUGGGAUGGGGGCUGCGCGGGGCGGGAAGGAGAGCGCUCCUUGCUCUCUGCACUGGAGGCAGGAAGGAAGUGAUAUUUCUUCACUGCCCUGCUUUAAACCUGGGUUCAUCCCCACUGAAGUGAGAGGAAGCUCAGCGUGGAAGUGGGACAAUCCUAUAAAGUCUUGUUCGGCACAGUGGCCGCUUGCUCUUUUUCUACCACUUUUUCUUUUCUUCCGUCCUUUUGCAGGUUAGCUUUGUAUGUGUAUGAAUACUUGCUGCAUGUAGGAGCACAGAAAUCAGCACAGACCUUUUUAUCAGAGGUGAGUGGCUCUGUUUACUUUUGACCCUCUUCCCUCACCCCUUGUUUUAGAUGGCCUUUGUUUUCAGAAGCAGGCACUGUAGCCUCCAUUUUGAAUUUUUUAUCACCUUUUGCCAUUUAUUGCUAGUUGGGCCUCAGAGGCUGCUUGGGGAAAGGGGAGGUGAAGUGGGGGCUGGGGGCAGAGGAAGCAUUUUUUUCUCCCAGUAUCUAACCUCUUUGCACCCUUUGCUGUUUACAGAUCCGAUGGGAAAAAAACAUCACACUAGGAGAACCUCCUGGGUUUUUACAUUCGUGGUGGUGGUAAGUGGGCUGCUGCUUUCUCUUCCCCAAAAUAGAAACUCCUAUGCUUAACUGACUGUAAGUGGGAAAGAAUGUCCCAGGCAAAAGUUUUGAGUGAUCUUGUGUUCCUGCGUUGAGAAAUAGACAUAGUUGAACUGUGAGCUCCUCUCUUCAUCCUAGUUGUGAUUUAGUUCAGCAAGUGUUGGAGAAAAAGGUACUGAAGAAAGUCUUGAUCAGUUGUUGUAACUGUUUCCAAGUCAUACAAAAUAGAUGUUGCUUGAGCUUUCCUUUAUCAUUAAACAAGGCAUAAGGGGGUCUAGCUGUAGCCUUUACUUCCUUAUGUAUGGUGAUUCAGAGUACAGCCAUAGGACAGUUAUGUGUUGCUGUUUGUAAGAAAAUAUAUGGAGUACUUCUGCAAGUUACACCUAUUGCUCUGUUUCUUCCCCCACUCUUGUCAUGAUGCUGAGGUGUAAAUGUGUGACAGGGUAGAUCAGGCGCUGAUAUUUUUUAUAAAUGUAUUUGCUUUCUCCUGAAACGUUUCCUUGGGAAGAGCUUUAUUAGUCUUGCAAAUAGAUUUCUAGUUUUACUUAAAAAGUUUCAAAGAAACACUGGCACUUUCCCCUAGCUUCUGCACAGAGUUACUGAUCAAUGCUGCUUGCUAUGAGGUUGUCUCUCCCUUGUGAAUUUAUCUCAGAGAUGCAGAUAGUCCAGUGGGCAGCUUCAACUUGACUGGAGCAGUUGUGCAAUUGGUACUGUGAUGCUGGGUGAUAGAAACAUUUCUUACAACCCGGUUCCGAAGGGCAAUUCUUGACAGUAAACCCCAUUGAUACCAUUUGCAUGUGAUGAAGUUACUAUGCGCCUGGGCAGUUUGCUAGUAAUGCAGAACAGGAUGCUUUCAACAUGACCAUAUGUGAGACAGGCUUGACACCCAAAGAUGGAGAGUUGAGGGACACAUGUUGCUUAGGUAAGCGGUGCAGUUUUUGGAUUAGGCUUGUGGGUUGGUUUGUAGUUUAUUUGAGUAGAAGAGGUUGAGGUAGCGCAUGGAGUUGAAGGCUGCUUACUUCUGAACCUGUAGAGCAGGAGAGCUAAAAGGUUUUUUAUUUCUCUUUCUAGUGUGUAGUUAGCAGAAGCAUUUUUUUUUUGUCAGAACAUUCUCUGUCAGCUGGCCCAGGUUAAUGCUGUUUGGAUUGUUUCCCAGUCUGUUACAGUGCUUGGGGUUUGUGCAUAGUGUCAGGCGUCAGGCUAUGCAGUCAGUACUGGUCAGAAAAAGUUGAGAAGAAAAAUGUUAGCACCUGGAGUCUUUGAUACUUGAAAAACAACCACCGUGCAGGAGCGCUUUGGCCAUUUUCUGACACCCCACAUUAUUUACCUGAAUGCCUGGGGAGACUGAAAUUGUUCAUUUAAAAAAAAAAGGUUUUUAUUAAAAUAUUUUUACGGACAACAACAUAACAUCUGUUUUCAGUUCAUAGAGUCCUUUCUACAUGUUAGUUACAUUCGAUGUGAGACAUUGCUGUCAAUAUGCAUUGUGAGGUUAUGGGGGAGAGGGGACAGAAAGAAAAGGGUGUGUGUGUUUUUUAUUCUAUUCCACUCUUCCUCUAAAGAGCUCAAGGUAGUGUAUGUGGUUGUCCCAUUUCCCCCAUGUGUUUCUCACAAGGACCCAGAGAGGCAGGUUAGGCUGAGAGCCAGUGAGUGGCCCAAGGUCACCCAGUGAGCUUUAUGAUGGUAGUGGAGAUUUUAAACCUGGGUCUCCUCAUGACACUCUGCCCACUACACGGCACUAGAUUAGUCAGCAAUUGUAUAAGUGACUGCAGCUAACAUGGGGAGGACAGUGAGUUUUAUUAUCUAAGGGGCUUCCAUUAUGGCGGUGCUUAUAUAUGUGCAACAUCCAAGACAGAAGAUGAAAUCAAUGUUGUAUUGACAGUAUGGCAUUUAAUGUCAAACUGAAACAGCUCUAAUGGAUUGCACUCUGGUUUGGAAGAUGGCUUCAUAUGUAGAGGGAGAUGUGUUCGGGUUUAAUGGACCAGCACAACAGCCGGAAUUGGACGCAUUCGGUUCUAGCGAGAGGGCGAUUAAAAGUGCUGUUGAAUGUGCAGUAAGUGUGUAAGAGGUCCAAAAGUAAAAGUUCAGCCUGAGCAUAGAGGGGAAACAGCAGGAUGGGCUAGCCCUGGCAAGAUGAGCAAAAGCGAAUGGUUGCGGAAAGAAAUCUCUUUAAACAAAAGAGUGAGUCUAAAUAUAGGGAGCUUGAAUGCGCCAGAGUUAGGAACACAGGUAGUUGUCUUAUAGUGAGUCGGACCAUUGGCCCAUCUCUUCCAGUGUUCCAGAGUUACUAACUGUGAUUCUCCAAGUUUUUGGAGGGGGGCAUUCCCAGUCCUAAUUAGAGGUGUCAGGAAUUGAACCCAGAACAUUCCUCAAGCAAAGCAGAUGCUCUGCUAAUGAGCCACGGACCUUCCCCAAGUUCAGCUUGUCUUUGGACACUUUCAUGGGAAUCUGCACAUUAAUAACCUUUGCAUCCCCAAAUGCACAUCUUGCUUGUCUCUAGUUGGAUGUUGUUGGAGGUGGAAGUCUCAAGUGGAACAAAGGUGAUAUACUGAAUGCUUCUCGGCUAAAGAUAGAUGCUCCUCGCUGCUGAACUGUUGGCAUGGCCAGACUUCAUACCAAACACUGUAUGUGGUGUUGUUUAUUGUACAGGUUCAUAGUCAUUGUCUCCUCUUUCUCUUUCUCUCUUUCCUUUGCCCUGCAGUGUAUUUUGGGACCUUUACUGUGCAGCUCCGGAAAGGCGAGAUACUUGCGAACACUCGAGUGAAGCAAAAGCCUUUCAUGAUUAU